CUCCGCCUUCCGCCGUCAGUCCGCUCCCAGAGCCGGAGCUCCAUCCAGCCAGCAGGCCCCGCGGCUCUCACAGGUAACUAUGUCGGAUCUCCACAGCGUGAAUCCCAAGUGUGAAGAUGCAUAGACUCGUAUAACACGGUUUUACUCUCCAUGAAGAUUUCGCCAUCAAGGCUCAGUUUCUUUGUUUUCUCUGACCCUUGCACACCCUGGAAUCCUGAAGCCCUACAAUUUCAGAGCUGGUUUCUUCCUCCCCCCCCCCCAGCAUGUCAGAGGGCUGGCCACAAGCACAGGUGCCCCCUCCCUCACUGCAGCCCCCACAGCAGCAACCAGCUCAGCACCCAGGGACCAUUACGCUGGGAGAACAUCCUAUCACCACUACGGGAGCUACAGAAAAUUCCCUGGGAUGUGCCGUGUACGGAAUCCUCCUGCAGCCAGACCUUGGGGUGCAGAACCCUCCCUUGCCGCCAAGUGAGCCCAUACACAAGUGUGGACUAUGUGGGCAGGAUCUCUCCCACCUGUCCAAUCCGCAGGAUCAUCAGUGUAUGCCCCCUGCAAACCAGGACCGCUCUUUCCAGUGCACACAGUGUCUAAAGAUUUUCCAUCAAGCCACAGACCUCCUUGAACACCAGUGCACACAAGUGGAGCAGAAGCCCUUUGUGUGUGGUGUCUGCAAAAUGGGAUUCUCGCUUCUCACCUCCCUUGCUCAACAUCAUAAUGUCCAUAGCGGCAGCUCCCUCAAAUGCUCAAUCUGUGAAAAGACCUAUAAAGCGUCUGAUGUGGAGCGUGCCCCGGUGCCUGCUGCUCCUCCUCUUACACAAGAGACUCAUGAGAAGCCUUUCAGCUGCACUCUCUGCCAGAAACCAUUCAAGCACCUCUCGGAGCUGUCUCGGCACGAGCGCAUACACACUGGAGAGAAACCCUAUAAGUGCACUCUGUGCGAUAAGAGCUUCAGCCAGUCUUCUCACCUUGUCCACCACAAACGCACACACAGCUCUGAGCGGCCUUAUAAGUGCACUGUCUGCGAGAAAAGCUUUAAGCAUCGUUCACACCUACUGCGCCACAUGUACGCUCAUGCUGGUGAGCAAUUGUUUCAAUGCCAGACGUGUCAGCUGCGAUUUAAGGAGUCCUCACAGCUCAUGCAGCACCCCUGCACGCCGGCAGGAGAGAGACCAUUCCGGUGCACUGCGUGCCAGAAGACAUUCCGUAGGCCCUCAGACCUGAGACAGCAUGAGCGAACACACAGUGAAGAGCGGCCCUUCCACUGUGACCUGUGUCAGAUGAGUUUCAAGCAGCAGUAUGCGCUCAUGAGACAUCGGCGCACACACAGAGCAGAGGAGACAGCCAAAUGUACCCUGUGUGAGAAGGGCAUAGUGCAGCCGGCACAGAUCCUCUUCCACCAGCACAGUGCUGAGAGCAUUUUCAAAUGUAACGCCUGCCAACAUGGCUUCAGCCAGUCCCAGGAGCUACUAAGGCACAAGUGUGGACAAAGUAGCUCCGAGCGGCCCUUCCAGUGCAAUAUUUGUCACAAGGCCUACAAGCGCUCCUCGGCCCUGCAGAAACACCAGGCCACACACUGCACAGAGAAGCCGCUGAGAUGCACUGCUUGUGAGCACCGUUUCUUCUCGUCCUCUGAGUUCGUGCAGCACCGCUGUGAUCCAGCCAGGGAGAAACCACUUAAGUGCUCGGACUGUGAGAAACGUUUUAAGUAUGCUUCAGACCUGCAGCGGCACCGCCGGGUACAUACUGGUGAGAAGCCAUACAAGUGUUUGUCAUGUGACAAGAGCUUCAAGCAACGUGAACAUCUCAACAAGCAUCAGAGUGUGCACAACCGCGAACAGCAGUACAAGUGUCUAUGGUGCGGGGAGAGAUUCCAUGAACUGAACCUACUGCAGGAGCACAGUGCACAACACACGGCAGAUGGCAGCUAUCAGGUGGCAGCUUGUAUGUCGUAACGUGGUGUGGCAUGAACUUACCAAGGUUACUCGCAGACACUGAUCCCGGACUCUCAACAGAUGUGAUAAUCUCUCUUGUAUAGUUUUAUAUUUCAGAAAGACUAAUGGAUCAGGUAAAUCCCACAUCCACACAUAGCAUAUUUGUUUCUGUUGGUUUCUGGUGGGCUUCUGGGCAAUGCUUUCAAAGGAUACACUCCCAGCACUCCCAACCUAGUGACCUGGUGUAGAAAAGAUUCAUGGUAUGCUAUCCUCACUAUUAACCGCUGUGUGAAGCUUACGUGAAUCCGUAACGCGUAGCGGACACAGGAAGAGACUUGUGUUCUUUGGUAUCUGGAAGUGGACACAAAGUGUGGGAGUCCCUGGAUCCUCUUCUACAUUCAGGGGAUAUAAGUCUCUAUGAACAGAGAACUACUCCAAUCCAUGUGAAAUGUAAAAUCUCUGCAGAUUACAGCUAUGUUUGUCCCUUUAAGGGGCAAUCUGUUCUGUAGUUGCCCCUGGAUUAUGCUGGGUAUUUGUGUCCACAUAGGCUGCUCUUGGGACCGUUCUAUCAUUUCCAUUAUAUCACUUCCCACAGAUCUAUUACUGUGUAAUAAACAGGGCAUACAAACCACAUGGCUUUGCACAUCUGUACAGAAACGUCUCGUCAGCAAGCUUGUUUAUUACAAAGUAAUGUUCACUGUCCACCACCCCAAUCUGCACCUUGGCUCAGCUGUCACCGCAUUCCAUGGGGAAGUACUGCUGUGUGGGCGGUGGGGGAACAGAUGGUAUAAUUUUAUGAUCUGCAUUAAAGGGGCACUGUGAGUACCAUAACCACUACAUGUCAUUUCUGCUCAAAGGUCCAUGGUUAAUAUGUUAU